AUGACUUCAACUAUUGCUGUGAAGCCGCGGCCACUUCCCAAGGGCGUCUAUUGCCCUGUCGUCUCAGUCUAUCAAGCCACUGACCGCCAAGAAGUUGAUCUAGACUCCUCAUACAAGUACUUCUCUUACCUAAUAUCUGGAGGAGUGGAUGCUCUCGUGCUAGCAGGAUCGACUGCGGAGGCAGUCCUGCUAUCUCCCACUGAACGUCAAGAUUUAUUGCGAAUAGCCCGGAAAGCAGCUCUUGAUUUAGGUUUCGCAAACUAUCCGCUGGUAGCUGGCAUCAGUGGGCAAUCAACCAUUGAAUCUGUUCGACUUGCAGAAGAAGCAAGGGAAGCCGGGGCGGAUUUUGCGCUUCUGCUACCUCCCAGUUAUUGGGCGAAGGCCGUCACAAAAGAUGUCAUUCUCAGCUUCUAUCGCGAUGUAGCCGAGCAGAGCCCGAUACCAGUUGUAAUAUAUAACUUCCCUGCUGUGUGCAAUGGCAUCGACCUGAACUCAGAUGUCCUCUCUGAACUUGCCAAACACCCCAAUAUUGUUGGUGUGAAGCUGACUUGUGGGAAUGCCGGCAAGGUAACCCGCCUGACUCAAGAAUACACGCAUGCUCAAUUUGGCGUUUUUGCUGGCCAAUCAGAUUGGUUAGUGCCAUGUUUAAGUGGCGGCGGCCACGGUUGUGUCACCGGAAUCGGAAAUGUCUUCCCAAAGUCUGUGUGCCGACUCUACAAUCUUUGGCAGGAAGGGAAGGUACAGGAAGCAAUCAAGCUACAAGGUCUUGUGGCUCAGGCAGAAAAGGCUUGUAAAGAAGGAAUUGCCGCGAUUAAGUUUGGAGCUGGCCAUUUCGCCGGUCCGCUCGCUGGAGUAAAUGACCCCCGAGUAUUUUAUCCGCGAAAGCCAUACAAGCCUGCUGGUAAGGAAAUGCAAACCUGGAUCGUGGAUGUGAUGAAGCAUUUGGUGGAAGUGGAGAAUUCUCUACCAACAUUGGGACUGUUAAGCCUAUAG